UGAGCCAUUUGAUCCGCUCUUGCCGUGAGAGUGACAGCAGACGCAGCCUGUGAGCGCAAAGACGCGGCUUCCCUGCCCAGUGCCGCCAGCUGUGCCGCCGGAAGCCGGGGCUCUCAGUGCUGGUGUUGCUGCUUGCCCCCAGGUCCGCGCGCCUCUCGCGCUAUGGCCGUCGCGCCGCAGCUACGAGCUCUGCUCCAUGCGGUCAACGCACUGUUGCGCAAGCGCCGCUACCACGCUGCGUUGGCCAUGCUUAAAGGCUUCCGGAACGGGGCAGUCUACGGAGCCAAAAUCCGGGCCCCGCAUGCGCUGGUCAUGACCUUUCUCUUCCGGAGUGGCAGCCUCCAGGAGAAGCUGCGGGCCAUCCUGCAGGCCACGUACACCCACUCCCGGAACCUGGCCUGCUUUGUGUUCACCUAUAAGGGGCUCUGUGCCCUGCAGGCCCACGUGCAGGGCGAGACCUACCAGGUGCACUCGUUCCUGGCUGCCUUCAUCGGGGGCUUGCUGGUGUUUGGAGGUAACAGUAACAUCAACAGCCAGAUCAACAUGUACCUGCUCUCGCGCGUCCUGUUUGCCCUGUGCCGCCUGGGCGUGGAGAAGGGCUACAUUCCCGAGCCCAGGUGGGACCCAUUCCCUUUGUUCACCGGGCUGGUGUGGGGGCUGGUGCUGUGGCUCUUUGAGUACCACCGGCCCACUCUGCAACCAUCCCUGCAGUCCUCCAUGACCUAUCUGUACCAGGACAGCAACGUCUGGCAUGACAUCUCAGACUUCCUCCUCUACAACAAGAGCCUCCCCUCAAAGUAACGUGGCCCCAAGGUGCUGAUGGGGGCUUCCACAGCCGAGAUCGGCUCCAUCGGUGAAUCCCCCAAAGGACCCUGCCUUCUCAAGAUCAUGGUUCUCAGACUCCAACUUUUAUUGUCACAGGGUUACAUUUGCGGAAGCCAAAGCACUGAUUUCCAAGUCCCGUCAGGUCCUCUCCAAUGGUGGAACAAGGGGGAAUCAGGCUGCGGAGGCUUGCGCACGAUUCCAGCGGGGCUGCUGGCUACCGUGAAACCAGGGAAAGCCACCCUCUCUGGGUGUCGGGUCAGCGAGCUCAGAGGAGGGCCCUGAAGUCUCUUUCUGGUGGGUUAUGGUCUUCGAGCCUUCUGUGUAACAGGACUUCUUGCUGGGGGUCAGUGGGUUGCAAAUAUGUUAGAAAUAAAUUAAAUUCCUGGGCUCAGGUGUUCCUCUAGUGGAGAAGCUCUGGAAUUCCACUGUCCAAUGGAAGCACAAUGUGAUCCAUAUAUGUAAUUGAAAUUUGUCUUAGUAGCCACAUGAAAAAAAGUAGAAGCAGAUGAGAUUAAUCUUAAUUAUAUAUUUUAACCCAGUAUUUCUAAAAUAUCACUUUAACAUGUAAAAAAUAAUAUAAAAUUAAUAGAUAUUUUAUAUUCCUUGUUCUUGUACUGGGUCAUCAGAAUCAGGUAUGUGGUGUAUACUUACAGCGUGUCUCAAUGGGGACCUGCCAUAUUUCAAGUGCUCAGUAGCCACAUGUGGCUUGUGGCUACCAUACUGGGUAACACAGAUAUGGAACACUUGUAUCCUUGCAGAAAAUUCUAGUGGACAGUGCAGAUAUAGAGCUAGGGGACAUGGGUUUGAGUCCCCAUUCCACCACUGUGUAACCUUGGGGAAGCUUCUUCACCUCUUGGAGCCUCAGUUUCUUAUGAAAUGAGGAUAAUCAUAGUGCACACCCAGGGUCCACAUUGGACUUGUGUAACGACAAGAGCUACUGUUACUACUAAUUACUUCCAUUUAGUGAGCUCCUACGUCCUCCCCAGUGCUUUGCACAUACUAUUUUUAACCCAUACAAUGACCUUGCAGGUGUGUACUUUGAUCCUCAUUUCACAGAUGUGGACACUGAGGAUCAGAGGGCGGAAGUCACUUGCCCAAGAUUAUACAACCAGUAUGAUAGCCAAAUCAGGGUUUGAACUCAGAGCUGCCUGAGUUCAAUACCCAUUUUUUUUUAGUGCCUUAUGUUACAUUUAGAAACCUAAGCUAUGCUAUGCAAAUGUUAACUAGUUCUAGGAUGGGUUCCAGAAUGGGGUGCAAACUCAAAUGCCUAGAUGGGUCUGGCAAGGGUCAUAAAUGAAAAUGUUGUGCACUCGGCAGUGAUGACAACCUGGGGAACUGGAGACUCACGUGCCAGUCCGAUUUUUAAAAUCACUAUGCUGGACAAACCAAACCAGGUCCCCAGGAAGAUGUGGUCCAUGCAGUAGGAAUACUUCAGUCUCUUUUUAGAAAUUACUAGUAGAAAUGUGCACAGGAGUCACUGGUGAUGUCAUUAAAAUGCAGAUUCCUACUCCGUGAGUUUGGGGUGGGGCCAGAGAAUCUGCUUUGCCCAAAGGCUUCAGGGUGCUGCCGCUGGUGCUGCUGGUCUGACCCGCACUUUGAGUAACAAGGUCGUAGGGAAUGAUGCGCAGCCAACCAUCAUCUCGUGUUUCAGACGGAGGAAGCCGAGUCACAGAGCUGUUAGGGUGGGAUUAGGCCUGAUUCUAACAGCGGUGUUCUCAGCCAUGAUGUUGUACCGCACGCUUGGAGAAGGUGAUCUUGGAGGUCCCUGAAUUCACUGUGUGAAGGCUGAAUGAGAUCUCAAGGUUAUGGGGAGGAAGGGGGUGGCCAUCAGCAAGCAGAUGCGGGGGGUGCUCCCCCGAGGCCCCUCUAACUGCCCGCUUCACUGUACACCAGCCAGCUCUUCCAACUGUCACCCCUGUGUCUUUCUGCCUGAGGGCUCUUGCCACGGCACCUGGUCUGCCGCCCACAGCAGGUCUGGAGGAUUAACACAUCCGAUGACUCUGAGGCGUAUGCUCCACACUGGCUCCCGGGGUUCCCUAGCAGGGCCGAACUCCAGCUGCCCACAACGGUCACGCGCUUGAUAACUCCUCCCCCAACCCUUCCCCAUCUCCAUCCCUAACAUGGGAUCACUUCCCAAAUAAACCACUUGAACUGAAA